CUUCCAGGGUGUUGUGCAAAAUUCUGCAUUUUAACGUAGGACAGGAAAUAUGAAAAGAGCCGGGCAGGACCCAAACAGCCCUGCUGGCCAGGCCGAGCAGCAGGCAGCAAACCAAAGGCUUUGCUUGGCUUAUCCAUCCACCCACCCCUGAUUUUCCAGGGCUUUGGAAGCUGCAGCUCCUCGGCCGAUGGGUUUUUAAAGGGUCACACUGCUGCUUCCCUCAGGAGCAGCUCUGCAGAGGGAUUUUUGUUCCUUCCUUCUCUCUCGUGCUGUAUUUCCUGACUCCACAGUGGGAUGGGUCGGUUGCAAAAGAUUCUCAUUCCCUUCCUGGGAUUGGUUUUGGCCUUCUGGUUCUAUUCUGCGAGGGACACUUUCAAACCGGAGAUGCUGCGCGGGAAGCGGGUGAUCGUGACGGGAGCCAGCACGGGCAUCGGGGAGCAGAUGGCAUAUCACCUGGCACGGAUGGGUGCCCACGUCCUCCUCACGGCACGGACAGAGGCCAGGCUGCAGAGUGUGGUGCAGCGCUGCCUGGAGCUGGGAGCAGCCUCGGCGCGCUUCGUCAGCGGCUCCAUGGAGGACACGGCCUUCGCCCAGCACGUGGUGAGGGAGGCACAGGUGGCACUGGGAGGCCUUGACAUGCUGAUUCUGAACCAUGUUGGUGCAUCCUACUUUGGCUUUUUCGACGGGGAUGUUGAGCACGUCCGGAAGCUCCUGGAAAUCAAUUUCCUCAGCUACGUGGCCAUGGCCACGUCAGCCCUGCCCAUGCUGAAGGAGAGCGAGGGCAGCAUCGUGGUGGUUUCAUCCAUGGCAGGUAAAGUCGGGUUCCCCUUUACCGCCCCCUACUCUGCGACUAAGUUUGCCCUGGAUGGAUUUUUCAGCUCCCUGAGGCAGGAGUUCGCCAUUCAGAGCAUUAACGUUUCCAUCACGCUCUGCAUCCUCGGCUUCAUCGACACAGAGCGCGCAGUGCGCGCUGCCGCGGAGGUGCUGCAGGAGCGGCCGGCGCCGCGGGACGAGUGCGCUCUGGAGAUCCUCAAGGGCGCAGCGCUGCGCCGGAGGGAGCUCUACUACCGCUACAGCUCCACGCGGCUGCCGCUGCUGCUGCGGGACUGCGCCGCCGAGCUGCUCGAUUACCUGGUGCGGAGACGCUACCGCCUGCCCGCGCCCCCCGCCGCCCCCCGCCCGCCGCACUGAGCCCCGGCCCCGCAG